ACUUUGCACGCACACUCAGCAGACUCGUGACUUGCCGUUCGUCCGCACUUUUGUCCCCCCACACUCAAGCGAGAAAGUAGCGCGCGCUCUGCAUGCUUGUCUUCCAGCAUAGGGUGACCCGCCAAAUCUCCACACUCCAAUCAAGAAUGGCUACUGCGACUGCCGACCGCAAUCGCAAAUCUGCUUCAAGCGAAUUUCUCCUCUGCCAACUCUGCCUUCUAACCUCCACCCACCACCUUACUUCGCUGUCAGACCCCGAAUCACAGCAUCACGAGCUUCGCCUUGAUAGUCCCGCUUUCACGCUACCUCCGCCACAUCCAAUCAUGACGUCCGCAGUCUCGACUCAAACACCCCAGCAGGUGGCACAGCUGGAGUACACUCCCAUCGACACUAUCGCCGGUAUCAAUGCAGAGCUUCGCAAGAACUUUCUUACUGGCAAGACGAGAAGUUUGGAGUACCGCAAAGCUCAGCUGAAGCAGCUCUACUUCUUGCUCAAUGACAAUGCAGAGGAGAUUGCCAAGGCUAUCAACAAGGAUCUCGGACGUGCCAGCUUCGAGACCAAUAUGGCCGAGAUUCUCGGCACCAGCAACGAGAUCGUCGAGGCUGUGCACAACGUUGGCAAGUGGUCGAAGACCGAGAAGCCUUGGUCCGGCGUCGCCUGGGCGUUCCACUCUCCUUCCAUCCGCAAGGAGCCAAAGGGCACCGUUCUGGUUCUCGGAGCCUGGAACUACCCCGUUUCGGUGCAAAUCGGUCCCGUGAUUGGCGCUCUCGCUGCUGGAUGCACGGUUGUCCUUAAGCCUUCCGAGGUGGCACCACACUCUGCCAAGCUCUUUGCUGAGCUCUGGCCCAAAUACCUUGACCCCGAGAGCUCGCGCAUCGUCAAUGGGGCAAUCCCAGAGACGACGGCCUUGCUCGAUAGCCGAUGGGAGCACAUCUUCUACACUGGUAACGGAACAGUUGGUCGCAUCGUCGCCGAGAAGGCUGCUAAGUGGCUCUGCCCCACCACUCUGGAGCUCGGUGGAAAAUCCCCUGUCUGGAUCGACGACUCUGCUGACCUCAAGAUCGCAGCUCACCGUGUUCUGUGGGGCAAGGCUGUUAACGCUGGACAAACCUGCAUUGCUCCUGACUACAUUCUCUGCACCAAAGCCACGCAAGACAAGCUGGCCGUCCAAUUCCAGAAGGCUGCUGAGGAGUUCUGGCCCAAGAGCAAGGGAGGCGUUAUCAAGAGUGAUGAUUACGGGCGUGUGAUCAACGUUGGUCACUGGAAGCGCCUGAACCAGAUGGUCGGCGGCACCAAGGGACGCAUUGUGCUUGGUGGCGAGGGCGACGAGGCCAGCAAGUUCUUCGCACCUACUAUUGUGGCUGACUGCAAGUCGGACGACCCUCUCAUGUCUGGAGAGAUCUUCGGCCCUGUGCUUCCCAUCCUCCCUGUGGCGAAUCUCGACGAGGCAAUCCGCUUCAUCAACUCCCGUGACCAGCCCUUGGCCCUGUACACCUUCGGAGGUGCCAAGUCGACUAAGAAGCUGUUCGAGGAGACGCGCUCGGGCGCAGCUGUCCAGGGUGACACCCUUCUGCACUUUGCGGUCGGAACACUGCCUUUCGGAGGCACUGGUCCUUCCGGCUACGGAAUGUACCACGGCAAGGGCAACUUCGACACCUUCACCCACACCAGAGCAAGCUUAGACGCUCCUUCGUCUGGCGUCCUCGGCAAGGUCGUCGAGGCCAUCAUGGCUAUGCGCUACCCUCCUUACACCUCCGCCAACCUCACCAAGUUCAAGCUGGCAACGCAACUCAGCGCUGGCUUUGGUCGCCCAAAGAACCCUCAUGCUAGUGUGUCCCAGAAGAGUCCAGUAGUCUAGGCUCUAAGCUCGGAUUGAUCGUUCUCGUACUCGCCAUCGUCUUUGGCGCCCGACAACGAGGACUCAUUGGAUCGCCUUGACCUCUAUCGCUGCUCCAUCCAACAUUGCUCCCAGACCAAGCUGC